AUGGAUAGUGAGAAAGUUGAAAUAAUUAUUGACGAUAUCAUUGCUGAUGAAGGUUUAAUCUCAGUCGUGCAGCUCCGCGGUACCUGCAUAUUUAAAACUGCAAACUCUGUUUCCGUAACUACUGGUUUAUUGGAAGACAUUCUUGUAAGGAACGAAAUAGGGAAGAUUGUUUGUAAAUACUACAAAUCGCACCAGUAUCUGGAUAACGUGAACAGAAGAGCACUGUCUCACACUGUGGUUGAUUAUUAUAUAGCGAAAUUCGCUAAAUUAAUUUCUUUACGUUUUCCUCCGGAAAUUGCAGAAACCUACUAUAAUCCGAGGGAUAUUUCGGCCAAUAAAAAGCACCCAUCCGGCUUGUUGUAUGACCGGUUUCAUAAUCGUAGUAAAAAAGACCUCGGCAAGCGCAUUCGAGACAAAGUAGCAGAUCAUAUGAGCAAUGUCAAGUCUUCUGCUCUAGAACUACCUGACAAAGAGAUUGAAAGAUUGUCAACUGUUAAAAACUGGUUACGCAAUAACAUUGCACCAGAAGAGCGCAUUCGCCAACACUGGGCGGAAUCGUUUUUGCUACGUUUUCGUAAUAUUCAGCAGGAUAAAAACAGUGACAAACGCACUAUAUUGAACGAUUGGCCAAGAAUAACAGAUGAAAAUGGAUACUUGCUGAUUGACACGGAUUUCAAUCAUUUAUACAAUACCUCUGAGCGAUUGGAGACAGUUUUUGACUGUUGGGAGAAAUUCGCUGUUGAUUUCAUCGAUUACGCACGAAUAAGUAACAUUAAAGAUCAUUAUUCAAUCCAGCUGUUAGAUACACUAUCCGAGUCAUACAUAUUGAUUUCACAAGAUACUCGUGAUUACAUAUUAUGUACCAUUUUCCACGCAAUCGUUAAGCCCUCAAGAACAUCAGCUAGGAAAUUGCCAACAAUAGUACAAGCACAAAACGACGUCUGUUGUAUCAUUGACACGUACGAAGAAUAUCGAGAAGCAUUGAUUUCACUUCGAAAAGAACACGAAUCUGCUAACAUACAGUUAUCUCCUCGCAUCUAUGCUAUUGGACAUACACAGAGUCUGGAUUCAUUUUACGUGGUGACUCAAUUCCUAGAAUAUAAGUUACCAACUUUCCUACGCUGUUUGGAUGUCGUCGUCAAAUUGAAAUUCGUGUUAGAUUUCGAAUUUCCUGAGAGCUGCGAACUAUUCUGGUGUUUUAUAUGCCAAUUCUUUUACGAUAUCAACUCAAGCCGAAAAUCGAAAAAUAGUCAAUUGUUGCAAUUGUUAGCAUUUCUGAAAGCGCGUCAAAAAUGAAUUG